CAACUAUCGCGUGACAAGUCAGCUGAAUGGAAUGAAUUUAUCUUUGUAAAGUACAACGCGUUACGUUAAACGUUCGGACGUUAUUCUUGACGAGUCGGUUUGUUUCAGUUUAUUUUAACAAGGACUAAUACAACUCGCAAUGCACAAACUUUUCCAAACUAUUCACGAGGAAUAUAAAACCCCAGUUGAUGGAACAGUCAUAGGGGAUAUACCAGGAUGGUUAUGUGGAAGUUUGUACAGAAAUGGGCCGGGCAUGUACGAGGUCGGGGAGGACAAAUACAAACACUGGCUCGAUCCUUUGGCCAUGUUGCAGUGCUUCAGAAUUCGUGACAAGAAGGCAUCAUAUCAGUGCCGAUAUUUACAUAGUGAUGCCUACACGAAAGCUAUGGAAGCAAAACGGAUUGUGGUACAUGAGUUCGGUACAGUCGGUACACCGGAUCCCUGUAUCAACAGUUUUAAGAGGCAGCUGAGUCAUUUUGAGAUGGAUGAUUCCACUGACAACACUAAUGUGAGUUUUUUUCCGUUUAAAGAUGAACUUUAUGCAGCCACGGAGAGAAAUUUCAUUAACAGAAUAGAUCCAGAUACCCUGGACCGGUUAGAGAAGGUGAAAUUGGAAGAUUACGUGGCUGUGAACUCUGGGACAGCUCAUCCACACUGGGAUCCUGACGGUACCAUUCAUAAUCUUGGUAACACCUACCAGGGGUGGCCAAAAACAUGCCUAGUUCGAAUACCACCUAAGAAAGAUAAAAAUGAUGAUUUUCCACAAGGUCAAGUUGUAGCUUCAUUGGCCUCGCAGUCUAAAAUGCAUAUAAACUACCUACACAGUUUUGGCAUGUCAGAAAACUAUUAUGUAUUUAUUGAACAACCUCUACAUAUGAGUAUGAAAAAGAUAGCAUCUACAAAAAUACAGGAGGCUUCUUUGGAGUGGAAACCACAGAGUAAGCCAAGGUUCCGUAUUGUAGACAAGAAAACUGGAGCAGAAGUAAAUGCCAACAUAAGAUUUGAAACAGGAUUGUUUAUGUUUAUGCAUCAUAUAAACACAUUUGAGGAUAAUGGACACCUAGUGGUUGACAUUAUAGCAUAUAGGAAGGACUCUGUCUUACAGUACCUGUAUCUGAAGAACCUGACAAUAGAACAGUGCGAGAAAGAACACAGGAAGAUUGAGGACCCCUUAAUUCGACGAUAUGUCAUACCUCUCAAAAUUAAACCAAAUGCAACUCCGGCCACAAAUCUUGUCACAUUAUCAUACACAAAAGCCACGGCAAAAAGACGAGACGCUAAAACAGUAUUCCUGACGCAUGAAAUACUUUGUGAUAUAGGUAUAGAAUUUCCACAGAUAAAUUAUCGUAACUACAACACUAAAAAGUACAGGUAUGUUUAUGGCGUUGGUUGGCAUUCAAAGGCAGACAUUAUCCAUACACUAGUGAAAAUUGACACAGAAACUAACUCCUACAAACAAUGGAAAUGUGAAAAUUGUUUCCCAACAGAGCCUGUGUUUGUACCAAGACCAGAAUCAACCACAGAAGAUGAUGGUGUACUCUUGUCUGCAGUAAGCCGUACAGAUUUCGAUGAGAAAGGCGGAGCUAAUGCAUUCCUGCUUAUAUUGGAUGCUCGCAGUAUGCAGGAAAUUGCCAGGGCCGACUUCGGAGUUCCCAGAUUUCCUAAAGAUUUACAUGGCAUCUUUAGACCGACAUGAAAAUCGAUGUUUAGUGAUGAUUCAAAAAGAUUUGCAUGGAAUUUUGAAGACAGAUGAUAAAAAAAUCUUCAAGUCGUAUUUUUCAAUUGCCCAUAAACUGUCACAAAGGUUUCUUGUUUGACAAAAAAUGUUUUGUAUAUAAAUUGUACAUAAUUGUGUUUAUAGAAAGUUAUAUGUAAAUAUUUAAACAAAGAGAGCUUUAAUUAUGCUAAGUUUGUAAAUAUUUAUAAAUGAAAUGAAGAAUCAACAAAGGCACUAAGCGUAUUGUUAAGUCUAUGUUAAAUUAUUGGUAAAAGUUGAUGUCUUUUUGUACUGUUGAAUAAACUUCCAAGAAUAAAUCG